AUGAGGCAGGUUUGGGGAAACAUAGUUGCACCUGAGGGAAAAUCAGCAUGGAAAGGUAGCAACACAACUCAUUGGCUUUCCUUCAAGCAGAUCAAGGGGCUAUUUAUCAAUGGACAUGGACAAGGACAAAUUGAUGGACGAGGUUCUUCAUGGUGGAGGAAUGGAGAAAAUGAGAAUGGACCUACGGUUUGGGGAAACAUAGUUGCACCUGAGGGAAAAUCAGCAUGGAAAGGUAGCAACACAACUCAUUGGCUUUCCUUCAAGCAGAUCAAGGGGCUAUUUAUCAAUGGACAUGGACAAGGACAAAUUGAUGGACGAGGUUCUUCAUGGUGGAGGAAUGGAGAAAAUGAGAAUGGACCUACUGCAUUGCACUUCUAUGAGUGUGACAACCUUCAAGUUGAUGGAAUGAAACAUAUCAAUAGCCAAAAGAACCAUAUUUCUAUAGCUGGCUGCAGAGGCGCAACCAUUUCCAACCUCCACAUUAGUGCCCCUCAGACAAGCCCCAACACUGAUGGAAUUGACAUCAGUACUUCAAGCAACGUCCAAGUUCAUGACUGCAACAUAGCCACUGGGGAUGAUUGUAUUGCUAUAAACGGGGGAUCUUCUUAUGUUAACAUAACCAAUAUAGCAUGCGGUCCGGGCCAUGGUAUAAGAGGCGCAACCAUUUCCAACCUCCACAUUAGUGCCCCUCAGACAAGCCCCAACACUGAUGGAAUUGACAUCAGUACUUCAAGCAACGUCCAAGUUCAUGACUGCAACAUAGCCACUGGGGAUGAUUGUAUUACUAUAAACGGGGGAUCUUCUUAUGUUAACAUAACCAAUAUAGCAUGCGGUCCGGGCCAUGGUAUAAGCAUUGGAAGCUUAGGAAACAGUGGAAAGAAUGAUAAAGUGGAAGAGAUACAUGUACAGAAUUGUAAUUUCACUGGAACUACGAAUGGAGUAAGGAUCAAGACAUGGCAGGAAAAAGUGGAAAGAAUGAUAAAGUGGAAGAGAUACAUGUACAGAAUUGUAAUUUCACUGGAACUACGAAUGGAGCAAGGAUCAAGACAUGGCAGGGGGGGGUCUGGAUAUGCCAGAAGGAUCACCUUCACAGAAAUUAGAUUCACGGCGACUGGUAACCCUAUCGUGAUUGACCAGUAUUACUGCCCUCAUGGUUAUUGCAGGAACCAGUUUGUUUGUCUACUUGAGACAUCUGCAGUAAAAGUUAGCGACAUCUCCUACACCGGAGUGCAAGGAACAUCCAUCAACAGUGAUGCAAUCAAUUUUAGCUGCAGUCAAAGCGUUCCUUGCAUCAACAUUUCACUAGAUCAUGUCAAUAUAACAUCAGCAGAUUCAUCUCAUGCAACUUAUGCGCGCUGCAUAAAUGCCCAUGGAAGGUCUUAUGCAACCAACCCGGUUGUAAAUUGCCUAUUGAAGUAG